UACACCGACACCUGCUGGCAGGGAGAAAGAUUGCACUUCAGGAGCUGCUGAUGUUUAAAUUGAACUGUGGAGACCAGAAGCUCUUGUUAAAGCCCUGCCAUCAGUGCGUGCGUGGUGUGUAAUUUCAGUGUUCAUCCCCUCCAUGUCACAACAGCACUGAAUGCUGCAAAUCACAGGAUGGACUCCAGUGGGAAAACCUCAACUGCACAGAUCGUGGUGUUAGCCACCAGCUCAGCCCUGACUGCACUUUUCUAUUCCAUAUACAAGAGCAGAGCUACAACUGUUGCCAGAUUAAAGGAAGCCAAGAAAGUGUCUAUUGACCAGGAUUUGAAAAACAUCUUGUCUGAAACUCCUGGAAGAUGUGUCCCGUAUGCUGUCGUAGAAGGUGUUGUAAGAUCUGUGAAGGAAACUCUGAGCAGCCAGUUUGUUGAGAACUGCAAAGGCGUAGUUGAAAGACUGACUCUGAAGGAGGAAAAGAUGGUGUGGAAUCGCACCACACAUCUCUGGAACAACACAGAGAAGGUCAUCCACCAGCGCACCAACACAGUUCCAUUUGCCCUUGGGUCUCAUGAUGAUGAAAUUGCUGCCACAGUACGGGUUAUACGUCCACUAGACGCUGCGGAGUUGGACCUGGAGACCACCUACGAGAACUUCCACCCCACAGUCCAGUCCUUGUCCAACGUUAUCGGCCACUUCAUCAGCGGAGAACGUCCCAAGGGCAUCCACGAAACAGAGGAGAUGCUGCGGCUGGGAGACAGCAUCACGGGUGUAGGAGAGCUGGUCCUGGAUAACAACCUGAUCAAACUCCAACCUCCCAAACAGGGCUUCUGUUACUUUCUCACCCGGCUGGACUACGAGUCUCUUCUCAGGAAGCAGGGAAACAGCGUCAGACUGUGGAGGAUUCUGACCCUUGUCUUCGGUGUUGCCGCUUGUUCCACACUCCUCUUCAUCCUGUGGAAGCGAUACGUACACCACAGACGGAGUAAGAAGGAGAGGAGCAUGCUUGAGGAGUUCAAGGAACAGCAGAAGAAACGUAUGCGUGAACUGAACUUGGAGGAAAGCAGCGUGUCGCCCACCGGCUGUACUGUCUGCCUGAGCCGUGAGCGCUCCUGCGUGUUUCUGGAGUGUGGUCAUGUGUGUGCCUGUGCCCAGUGCUACGACGCCCUGCCAGAGCCAAAGAAAUGCCCCAUCUGCAGGGCAACUAUAGACAGAGUGGUGCCUCUCUACAACAGCUAAUGUGGACAUACAGAAAUGGGUAUAACAUCACAUACAGUAGGAAGCCUACACAGCCUUUUACACUGGAAAUAUGUUAUACAAAAGCUGUCUGUAUAGUAGGUAUCUGUGCUGAAUCGUGAUGCAGUCACAUUUCCCAUUAAAUAUUCAAAUCAACUUUGGAACCUGUAAAAAUAGAAAAUGAAAUUUUUUCAUCUUAAGAGAAAAUUAGAUUUCUAAUUGGCAAAUACUGGCUCUGUACCCCGAUGAUGAACCAUCUUAGAAGUUAGUGUUUUUAACGUUGUUAAGCACUUAAGAGCGAGUGCACAUGCACACAAAGGUGUGCGUUUCCACAGAGUUAAGACCUUCUGAAUACACUUUAAUGUAAUGAGGCGCAUUUAACUGUCAGUAAGCAGUGGUAUAUAUUAAAAUACAGAACAUAAAUUACAUGCUGUAAAUGACAGAACAGAAAUGUUUUGCACUUCAUCAGUAUGAAAAAAUAGCCUUAUGUGCAGCCAACAGUCUACAGCUUUUAUCUUGGUGUGUGUGUGUGUGUUUGUGUUAAGAGUGUGGUAGACAACAUUUGCACCACAAUUAUAAAGAAAAGCAAUGAAAACUGAAAUCCUAACAUAACGUGAAAACAGGAAGAAGAGGAUGACAGAAACUGUCAAAUGAGCAAAUCAAAUGUUCAAUUACUUUUUUUGUGUGAUUACAAUAUUUUUAAAUCUAAACCCUCAUGUUAAAUUAAAUGUCACUUCACAGAAUGUGUUGGUGGUCCAUGUUUAGUAUAUUUGUCAGGGAACAUGUACAUAAAAACACUAAUCUCAUACAAAGAAGAGAUGCAUUGUACCAGAUUUAGCCUUUAACUUUCUGAGAUGUUUUUGGGAAACGGGGCCCAUCUUGUUAUGAUCUUGUCUUGACAUUUGAUUUGGAAGUGUGUACAGAUACACUGACUCAUUUUAUGUCUUAAGUUAGGAUUUAGCUCUGGUAAGGGCUGGCAGUUCAUUUAAGGUUGUGUUUUGUACAGCUCAGACAAGGCAGAGGAAAGGUUGUGGUUCGCAAAAAAAAUUCUCAAGGGUGAGGGGGGAUAAUUGUACAAGCUGACCCUGUCCUGUUCUUUUGUGAUUUUGCUCUGGGCGCUUGCUAAUAAAGACAUGUGCAGCUGGUGCUAAGGCUCUACAGACACUAGAGAACACAGUGGCAGCACAUGUAAAUCUUACAGUACUAGAGCAACAUCUGCAUCACCACAGGCCACUAAUUGUUGCACUUUGAAACUGCUUUUCCUGGGACAAAACAAAAUUCAGCUCAUUGUUUAUUUGCAACUAAAACCUCAUUAAAGGCAAUUACAAUGUU